UAUACGUACAGAGGUUGUGUACUCAGUAAGUUCUCUACUGGUUCUUUGCAUCGUCAGCAUGGCUCCCAGAGGCGUGAUCGUGACAGCCGUUCUCCUCUGCUUCGUACUGGCCUUGCUCGGUCCAGCUCCAGCUGCCUUGGGGUCCCGUACGGGCAAAGCCUGUUGUACAAGAUACAAUAGGAAGCCGGUACCCUUCCAGCGCAUAAAGGGCUACAGAGAACAGACCACCGAGGAAAACUGCCACAUCGAGGCGAUCGUUUUCUACACUGUUAAGAAGAAUGAGAUAUGUGCGACACGCAAAGAUGAGUGGGUGAGGAGAAUUCUGGAACUACUCAGUUCAAAACUGAAGAAGAUGUCCAAGACCGGCUCUGCUGCAGGUGAAACUCCGAUGUGAAAAAGUGGAGCUUUCUUCAGGACCAUAGAACCCUUCCCGAACAGCACCGGAAGCUUCUAUUAGUAAAAAUCAGGUUUUGGCUUUUGGAAUUAAAUAAUUUGUUAUAGAAAUGCUAAUUUGAGAGAAAGUUUUAGAGAAAUUGAACCUUCUAUAAUCCAGUCAUGUUGGGAAUAUUAUUUCUGAGAAAGAAAAUGCUAAUGAGUUGCCUAAACAUAUGCAGUGUGCAUGUAAUCAUGAACCAAGGGGAACCUGAGAAGAAGAGCUUUGAGACUAUGGAUGCAGAUUAUGUGCUUAGCCUCUUAGCAAAUGUUAACAUUCCUGUUUUUAAAUGCUUUUGUGACUUUGCUGUUUCAUUGCCUGCUAUGAAUCUGCCGCUUAAUCAAGUUAAUGUACUAAAACAUGCUAUUCCCACAAACAAAUACAUUUAUUUCAUAAUACUC